AUGAAGUCUCCAAUUACCUUGUUAGCUUAUACUUUUGUUGUCUUGUUUGUAUCGGCAGCUUCUGCUCACAACCAUGAAGAUUUUCUUCAUUGUCUUUCUCUUCAUUCCCCUAAUGGCUCAUCAAUUUCAAAUAUUAUUUACACUCCAACUAAUCCUUCGUACUCUUCAGUUUUGAACUUCUCAACUCAUAACUUAAGAUUCACAACUUCCGAAACCCCAAAGCCUCAAGUCAUUGUCACACCAUUGCAAGUUUCACAAGUUCAAGCAUCUAUCGUUUGUGCCAAAAACAACGGGUUUCAAAUACGAACACGAAGUGGCGGCCACGACUAUGAGGGUCUUUCUUAUGUCUCUGACGUCUCCUUCAUCGUCGUCGAUCUAAUAAACCUUCGGUCAAUCAAUAUUGACGUGGAAAAGAAAUUUGCAUGGGUCCAAUCUGGAGCCACCAUUGGUGAACUCUAUUAUAGAAUUGCAGAGAAAAGCAAAACUUUGGGGUUCCCAGCCGGGGUUUGCCCCACCGUCGGUGUUGGUGGGCAUUUCAGCGGUGGUGGUUAUGGUUUGAUGCUACGGAAAUUCGGCCUCGCUGCUGAUAACGUGGUUGACGCUUACUUCAUUGACGUCAACGGUAAACUACACGACCGAAAAUCAAUGGGAGAGGAUGUUUUUUGGGCUGUUAGAGGAGGAGGUGGAGCAAGCUUUGGAAUUGUUCUUGCAUGGAAAAUAAAGCUUCUCCCCGUUCCACCGGUGGUGACUGUUUUCACGGUUACAAGAAAUUUGGAACAAAACGCCACCGACCUUGUCCACCGGUGGCAAUACGUGGCCGACAAACAAGAUGACAAACUUUUCAUCAGAAUUAUAUUAAGAGGCGUGAACUCAACGGAUCAAUAUGGGGAAAAAAGGACAAUUGAAGCAGCUUUCAACUCUUUAUUCCUCGGAAAAGUCGAAAAGCUUCUUUCGAUAAUGCACAAGACUUUCCCUGGGUUGGGACUGGCAAAAGAAGAUUGCAUACAAAUGAGUUGGAUUGAGUCCAUUCUCUAUUUUGCCGGCUUCCCUAGAGGGGAGCGAUUGGAGGUUCUUCUCGAUAGAAGGCCAUUGGUCCCCAAAAGAUUCUUCAAAGCCAAAUCAGACUAUGUAAACGAGCCAAUCCCCAAACCUGGGCUUGAGGGCAUAUGGAAAUUAUUCAACGAAGAAGAUGCUGAAGCAGCAGAGAUGAUUCUGAGCCCUUACGGUGGAAAAAUGAAUGAGAUUUCUGAAUCAGAGAUUCCCUUUCCGCAUAGAGCUGGAAAUCUUUACAAGAUUCAACAUUUGGUGUAUUGGGAAGAAGAAGGCGAAGAUGUUGCACAAAGACAUAUAAAUUGGAUUCGUAAGCUUUACAGUUAUGUGGCACCUUUCGUCUCGAAGAAUCCAAGAGCGGCAUAUAUCAAUUAUAGAGACUUAGAUAUUGGGACGAACAACAAGAAUGGGAACACGAGCUAUGGGGAAGCAAGCAUUUGGGGAGUAAAAUAUUUCAAGGGCAAUUUUAAGAGGCUGGUGAGUGUUAAAACUAAGAUCGAUCCUUCUAACUUCUUCAGAAAUGAGCAGAGCAUUCCUUCUCUUUUGUCAUGGUGGGAGAAGAGGGGACUUUAGAUGACUUUAAAUAUAUGAUUGUGUGUACCGAAGAAAGCCCCAUUUGAUGGAUGCAUACGGAGAGAAUAAGAGGGUUUUCUACUUUGGUUUAAUUAUAGUUUAUGCCUUAAUAUAAAAUUGCUUCCUUUGUAUUCUUUACGUUCGUAUAUGAUCAAUUUGUAUUCAUAAUUAGGCAACCUAUAUAGGUACAAAUCCUAUUGUGUAUUUUUCGAUAAAUAAACAAAAUAUAUCCUAAUUUGUUC